GGUCUGCAUUGGGAGGCCCGUUUUGCAAGACUAUGGAAUACACUCACUGCUUUCUCCUAUCUGGGGAGCUCCCUCUUCACCUCCUCUUCCCCCAGUUACAAGGGCCCAAAGGGCAAAAAAGAGCAAAAAAGCAAUAAUGAGUCCUGGGCUAGUGAAAAGUUUAAAAAGCAAACACCUUGUGAAGCUUAGGACCAGAAAUAGAUUUGUUAUCCCAUGAGACUGCUGAAACCUCUCUUUCCAAUAUAGUCCAUCAAUUCUAUCCAUUUGAAACAUGGGAAAAGAUCAGACUGUCAACCAACAUUAGACAUAUGAAAGCUACUUCAGAGGUUUAAAAAAAUGUGUUAGUUGUAAUAUCCUUUUGUUUCAGGCCAGUACAGUUAAACUCACAAUACUAAUGCAAGUUUGCUGUAAUAGGGGAAAGAUGUGAAAAUCACCAAUAUAUCUUUUAUAAUUUCCUUGAACUAACUUCCAUUUUGUAUAACGUAUGUGAUGUAAACAAAACAUAUGAUGAGGUAGGUUAGACCAAGAAGCAUUACCGGCAUUUGUGAAGAAAGAACUAUGCUGAUUUGAAAGCUGUUUAAUGGAGAUGUUCUCAUUCGAGAAAUGUUAAGCAAAAUUGUAUAAUGGGGCAGGGGGAUGUUGUGAUGUUGUGGGGUGAAGACCAAAACAGGACUGGGCGCAUGGAGACAAAAAGGGUAUGUCUAUAAUGCACACCAUCUCUGACUCUGGUUUCACCCCAAGCCCCUUCCCCCCCCUUUUGUCCACUCACAAAUCAGUCUGAAUCAGGUCAGCAAGCACUCAGGACCAGAGUCUUAGGGUGGAAAGGAAUCUGAGUCCAUCUGUGAUUCAGGGCCAAGCUCUCAUUUCCCAGUGUGGACACACCUUAAACAAAGCUCUGAGUCAGAAGGUCUGCAUAGUGCAGUUUGGACCAAUGAGCACAGCUGGGAGACCAGGGCCUAGCAAUUAUAAGACCCGAUUUAUGAUGCAGUGUGGAUGCUCAACCAUGAACUCGGAAACACCAGAUCCACACCCCAGAGUCCCACAGAGCCAGGUUUACAGAGCCAGUGUCGAUGGGCAGGGUCCUAGACCUUGAACAAGAGCUUCCCCCAGAUGGCUCUCUCGGAACUUUGGGAGUUUGAAUUUGAAGGCUCGUCGGUUGGCUCCUCUGCGGAGAGGGAGGAGAGUCACAGAUCAUGUCCGACAGCCAUCCUGUUGCAAGGAGAAGCCCUGCUGGGCUCAGAUAGGAUUAGGUUGUCCCUAUUGGAAUCAGAAGUUGGCAGGAGAAUAAAUCUCUAGAUUAACAAUAAAGGACAAAGAUCCAGAAGGCGCAAGGACAGCAUGGCAGAAGCAGCCCAACUGAAGGAAGUCCUCCCCCAGCCUGGGAUGGAAGGCAGGCAGGGGUCGAAGGUUAAACAGCCCAGAAUGAAGAAAAACUCUGAGAAACAGAAGGAAAUGAAAACCAGACUCUCCCACUGGGUCACAAAACGACCAGCAUCAGGUAUUGUGGGACAGAAACCAAUACCAAGGAGAACGCUUUCAGACCAGGAUAUAAAUACUCGCAAGAGGAUGUUUAUUCAAAACCGACAUAGUGGGUGGAGCAAUUCCUAUGCGUCUCACUCCGAGAUACCUGCAGAAUCCAGAUGCUACAGUGCCCCCCCAAAGCCAGCAGUCCAACAAAACUCAGGGAGUCCGUACAAUCCUGGGACAAGAGGUGAAGACAGCACUGUGACCAAGAGAAGACACCAUAUACAGCCAGCACAAGCUCAAAGAUACAGUGAUUUCAGCAGACUUGGGGAGAAUAAGAGACUGACCCCUGAAGAGCUGGAGAAAAAGCGAUACCAAACCAUUGCACAAUACCAGUUUAUGACUCCAGGAAAGACCUUUUACUAUUGUACACGGGAGAAUGUGAAGCAGCAUCUGCGCUCCAUCUACCUAGCUCAUCAGCCAGGUCAGAAGCCACCUAAAUCAGCCCUUCGAAUCAACCGGCCACCUGUUUUCACCCAGGAGAGACACAGGUCCCCCAGGAAAAGUCCACUCCCUGGUGCCUCUGGCCUGGUUUCCGGUGAGUUUCCAGGAGAUGUCUCCAGCUUGCACACCCCCUCCAUGUCACACUGCAUGAUAGAGCUGGUGCACAAGGUCAGUAAAUUAGCACUUGUAAGUGAAAGACGAUGUGGGCACCAAGAGAUCCUCCCCAAGAGGAAAGCCGUGGAAGGAAGCCAUGAGCAGCAGCUGCCAGCCACGGAAAAACCGAUUCCCUCAGCCACGGAGCUCCAAGCAAGCAGUGCGAUGGACGGAAAGGGAAGCCAGGAAGACCAGGCACUGGAACAAGGAUUCAGUAUGAAAACAUUGCCACAAGGUUCUGGUAUAAAGAUGCUGCAGGCUUUAAAAGCUGUUCAAGGGAUUAUCAACAAGGGAAGAGAGGCAUCUCACACUCUUACCGUUCUGAAGAAGAAACCUGGCACUGGGAACAGCCAGGUUCUAACGAACGCCGCAAGGCUCAGUUCCAGCAAGGACUCGGCCGAGAGAAAGGACAUGGCUGAAGACUUAUUGAGCCUCCCCCAAAGCAGUGACAAGGCCAUUAUCAUCCCCAUGCUCGAUAGUCCGCUCACCCCUGAGGAGGAGAGCACAGACCUGGCUUUGCUCCCCACAGCACAUUCAAGCAACUCUGAGCUGGCUGAGUCUCCAGCAGGUGAGAAGGGUCAGGCCUCUCAUCCCACAACAGUAAGAGCUAGUGACCAGUCUUCUACCUCCCCGUGGAAGAAACCUGCUGGUGUUCCCAAAUGCUGCAUCUCCACGGAGAAAGGCCACGAGUGUUGCACCUGCCCCUCAGAACCCCUGCAAGGACCCCGGGACCCAGAGAAUGAAAAAGAGGGGAUGGGGAGGAUAGACAAUCUUUCUGUCCCCUUCUAAACGAAGGGCCCAGGAACAGAAGUCCUCUUUUAAUUGUUCAAUGAUGAUGCUGAGUAGAAGGGGAAGAGAGAUGGGAACCAGUGACAAAUUCUUCAACUGGGCCCUGUGAGCCACUUGCAAUGACCGAGGGGGGACGUGCAAAGCUUGCUGUAAAUAAAAUGAAAAUAUUGGAGUGCAAGCAUUUUGAGAACAGAAACAGCGUCACUUUUUAACAACUCUUCUUCCCUCCCCCCCCUUCUGCUAGUGCAUUUCUAAACUCGCUCCCCGCGGUUUGACGUGGACAGAAUUCAAGCUAAAUGGUGUUUGGGAAGGAGAAGGAAGCGUGUGGCUGGAAUCUGAAAUGGUCAGAGGUCACUGCCACUUGUUUUUACAGUUGUGUGUGUCAAAAGAAAGGAUCGGAUUCUCAGUAAUUGCACGUAAGGCAGAGGAGGUGGGGAAAGGUGGCUUGAAGCCGUCUUCAUGGUUCCUGUAUUCAGCCUUUGGUGGGAUUAACGCAGCUUCCCAGAGUGGGCCAAUGUAUGUUGCAGGGGGUGCUUAAUAAACCAGGGACAUCCCAGUCACAGACAUGAGCGCUCCCAGCAGCACUGGGUUGGAGGGUUCCUGGUAGGGGGCAUUCUAAGGGGGCCAUUUCUGCCCACUUGAGUCCCCUUUAUUCUGCCAGAGGAACAUAAAGGGGCUGUAGCAUAACUGAGAAUUGGCUCCAGAAUUCUUCAACCAAUGCUUGUCCCAAAGUUAUUCAAAGGCUCCAUUUGUACAUGAAAUGUGUCUCCAAAGGGCUGAUUUACAUAUAAUUAGCAUCUGUGCCACACACAAUUGACAAAUGCUUUGUUAAGACCACAUGAUUUUGUGGUAGCAAAGCAAGCAGAGAAUUGUUUUCUCUCCCCUGAGCACGUUAAUUACAGUGUUUAACCCCAAACUCGGGGCGCUGCAUUGCUUUAGCACCAGUUUUCAUUAUUGUUUUUAACACACUUCUUAGCUCGUGCUCGCUAUCCUGGAGAGAGCUGGGUAGCAGUCUGAACGGAAGGCAAUUGCUUAGCAAUGUACAGAGCCCACAUCAACAGGGCCCUAUCGCGCAGUCUGAAAUCAAAAGCAAGAAGCCAUCAUCCCACCCGUGUGUACUGGGUCUCAAAGUACCUAAACUUAACGAAAAGGAGUAAAUUUUGCUCUGAAUAAGUUUAAGCCAGAAUCCUGACAGCUGCAUCACGAUGUACCCACUGCAGAGAGAGGUUCAUAGAUUCUCAAGACUAGGAGGGGACCACUGUGAUCAAGUCAGAUACCCUGCACUGCACAGGCUAGAGAACUGUCCCAAAAUAAUGCCUGUUUCAUCCAGACAACUCUUGUAGCUCUUGAUUUAAGGACUGGCUGUGAUGGAGCAUCCAUCACCACCCCCCUUGGUAGAUUGUGUCCGUGGUUAAUUACCCUCGCUGUUAACAAGUCUUAUUUCCAGACUGACAUGUCUAACUUCAACUACCCAACCCUGGACGUGUUGUACUUCUGCCUGCUGGAUUACAGAGCACGUUGUCCAAUAUUUGUUCCCCACGUAAAUACUUACAGACUCAUUACCCCGACUACCUCUUUGCACAUGGUUUUGAUUCAAAAUGUGGUCAAACCAAACACCAUGGAAAGUUUCCUGUACACUGACUAGAGGGGCAAAGUUAGGCAGCAUCCUAUGAGCUCUCGGCAAAUCAGAUGAGACCCUAGGAUGAUGUGUCUGAUAGAUAUUGUGGAAUCUAAGUCCUAUCAGAGCAACUUCCUCUACAUCUCACAGAGCCAGCCAAUGCCUCUUUACAUAAGAACACAAGAAUGGCCACACUGGGUCAGACCAAAGAGCCAUUCAGCC